AGCGAACCUCCAGUGACCUCUUCUCACUGCGACUCGAGAGUGACAACUUGGGCAAGCAGCAGAGCGAGUUUACUGUGACGCAACACCGAUUCGGUGCUGCGGACAGCGUAAGGUUGAAGCCAUACUGCGAAGCAAUGACUCUAACACAAAGAAAAAGUCACCGUGACCCGGAUGCGUUCCCCACCGUCCAGCUCUUUGUCCUAGCCAUCGUCCGCCUCGCCGAGCCCAUUGCGCUCACCUCCAUCUUCCCCUAUGCCUGGGCUCUCAUCAAGCGCUUCCAGGUCGGCAACGAAGAUGACGCCUCGUUCUAUGCGGGCCUGCUCAUCUCGGCCUUCUCCCUGGCCGAAGCCCUGAUGGGCAUGUACUGGGGCAGCUUGUCGGAUCGAGUUGGCCGCAAGCCUGUCCUGCUGCUGGGGUGCAUCGGCACCAUGUUCAGCAUGAUCGUGGUCGGCAUUGCCCAGAACAUCUGGAUCGCCCUGGUUGGGCGUACCGUCGGCGGUCUGCUGAAUGGCAACAUUGGCGUCAUCCAGACCAUGGUCGGCGAGUUGGUUACGAAGCCAGAGCAUGAACCUCGUGCCUUCUCCAUCAUGCCCUUUGUCUGGAGCAUCGGAACCAUCAUUGGCCCUAUCAUUGGGGGUCUCUUUGCUGACCCCCACGAGUCAUACCCCGACCUGUUUCCCAACGGCUCUCUCUUCGAACGUUUCCCGUAUCUCCUGCCGAACCUCAUCUGCGCCGCCAUGCUCCUCGUGAGCAUCAUACUCGGCUACUUCUUGCUUGAGGAGACGCACCCUGACAUGCAGCCGCGCGUACUCCUGCCAAACGACACCUUCCUCUCGGAGAACACGCCCCUGAUCGAAACCUCGGACGCAAUGAAGCGUCCGGCCGUCGACCUCCGCGACGAGAACUACGGCACCAUGCGCUCGCGCGACGCCGCCGCCUCCUGUCCGACUCCUGGCUGGACUACCAAAGAGGGAGUACGACCCGCAAGUGUCUUCUGCAAGCGUAUCAUGGCCGUCGUCAUCUCCCUCUCGAUCUUCACUUAUCACUCGAUGACCUUCGACCACCUCCUUCCCAUCUUCUUCGAGGAUGACCGCGCCCCGACCUCGGGCGCCACCGUCCACGCCUCCCUACGCGCCCUCUCCGGUCUCGGCGUUCCCAGAAACAGCCUCCUCUACUCACCUGGUGGCCUGGGCCUCUCCAUGCAGGCUGUCGGCGUCAUCAUGGCCGUGCAAGGCGCCAUUGCCCUCUUCAUGCAGGCCAUCGUCUUCCCGCUCGCAGCCGAGCGCGUCGGCGUGUACCGGCUGUUCCUGUUCGUUACGGUGCUGCAUCCGGUCGUCUACGCCCUCGUUCCCUGGUUGCUGUACGUCCCCGAGCCCUUGCUAUACCCGGCCAUCUACUGCGUCCUGGUCGUUCGCAACUUCUUCUCCAUCCUGCUGUACCCACUCCUUCUCAUCCUGAUCAAGGAGGCGACGCCGAGCUCGACGAUCCUGGGCAAGGUGAACGGCCUGGCGGCUAGCGCAGGCGCCGCGUGCCGGAUGGUGGCGCCGCCCGUGGCCGGAUAUCUGUACGCCUUGGGGAAGAAAAUGGAUUGUACCGCGCUGGCUUGGUACGGGAGUACCGUCGUCGCCGUUGUCGGUGCGGUGCAGUGCUUCUCAGUUAAGAGGGACCGAGAAGAUAAUGGGAAGCGCCCCGAGGAUGUGGAGGCAUAGGAGAAGAAAAAAAAACAAAAAAAAACGCUGUACAGGAUGUUGGCGGAAAGCGUUGAGAAAAUCCGAAAAAGAAGCAUUGAUUUUGGCCGAUGACAUGGUCUUUUUUCCUGGUUGGGUUGAUAGAAUCGGCGGCUGGCACGCGAUACACGGGCGUGGGCACGGGAUUAGCACGGCACAAGGAGUUUCGGUUCUGUCACGAGGUGUGUUACGGUUGCCUGGUUAGCGGGGCGUUGAAAUCGGUAUGAUGACUGUUAUGACUUGGUGAUGAAGUCAUGGGUUCACCAGAGGGGUUUGCUACGGAGACCGGAGAUAGAGAGGUGAUACCAAUGAAAAACCAAUAGUAU